AGUUAAAUCCAGUCGUGUGACCUGCUAGUGGUACAGAUGCGCAGAUGUGCAGGGAGCCUUCCGGAGCGACGCAGGCUGCGGUGAAUGGCUUCGAUAGAAUGGAGCGACUUGUACAGAGCUACGAACAGAGACAACGCUCCGACGCCUGGCUACUUGUUCAACGACAUUGUGCAGAAUGUGUCCAACGCCAGUCCCUCUGAACUGCCCGCGGUGUCCCAGUACUUGAUCGAUUGCGUGAAUGGCGACCACGCCCACGUGAAGCUCAAAGCGUUGUUUGUGAUCAAGACGCUGGCAUACAGGAUACCUCCCUUCCAGCAAGCUUUUCUGAACCAGGAGGGCUUGCAGGUGGUGCAGGAGGCCUGCGUUUUCACCGGCCCGCCCUCGCCCAUGUACGGGGACGAGCCAUACCGCCUGGUGCGGGAGGCGGCUGAGGGCGCGAGAGAGGCCUUGACGGGGAGCGAGUUCUACCACCAGGAGUACAAGCAGCUCUCCCAGCGCAUCGUUGGCUUUGGGAACUACGAGCCGCCCGAGGACACCAAGCUGCCGGACGGCUCGGUGAACGUCGCCAAGGACGUGAGCUUCGGGGACGUCUUGGGCAGCGCUGUGGGGGGCGUCUUCUCUGGCGCCGAGGCGAUCCUGGAGGGCGUGAAGGGCCUCUUCGAGGCCCAUUCCCGGCACAUCUCCGGGGUGGAGUUGGAAGGCAUGGGCCUCGAGGACGCCGAGGAGCACUCGGAGACCAACGUCGCGCCCGAGGAAGAGGCUCCUUCGGAUGCGGAGGAGUACCACCCCUCCAGCGGGACCUACGUCCCCCCUGCGCUACCGCUCGGAGCGCCCGAGCCGCCAGCGGACUUGCUGGACCCGGCGGAGGUCAAGUUUCACCAGCAGCCGGAGGACCUCCUUGACCCCGAGGUCACCGGCUGAUGCGGAGAAUCGCCGGCUGGCUCGCGCGAAGCUUUGAAAGCGAGCGGUUGCG